UUGAGAGAUAAAAUAAAAAUAUAUCAUGACACGGUGCACAAUUCUACGAGCUACAAGAGAUCGCAAUAUUCUUUAAUCGUUCUAACGAAAGUGUAAAUGAUCGAUAAAGAUUCUUGUACAAUCGAGAGAUGCUCCUGACUAAGGAAUUAUUAAGGAAGAAUACGAUUACAAGGAGCUAGAGUAAUGUAAAAAAAAGAGAGAAAAAAAUAUAUAUAUAGAAAGAUAGAGAGAAAAAGAGAGAGAAAUAGUGAUAAAGUGUGAAAAGAGAAGAAAAAAGGAAUAAAAAUACAUGUGUAAGAGUAGAUGUAAAUAUUUAUCCAAUUUACAUGUCGACAACGCUCCUAUCGUACGUUUGUUAAGUGUAUCGAUGAGCUCUCGCAAUGCGAUAUAAUCUUCCACCCAGUGAAUAUACAACGAAAGCAAUAUUACAGAUAAGGUAACCAAAGAGACACGCGAAUGAUGCAAACCGCACGAUCCAUCCGAGAAAAAAUUUAACCUUUUUAUCCACUUAUAAAUACCAUAGAGCAGCGAUCCUCAAAGGAAAAAAAAAAGGAAGAGGAAGAAAAAGAAAAGAAAAGAAAAAAAAAAAGAAAAAAUAAAAUUAUGUACUUCAAUUGCACGAUCAAACGGGUACGUUUCUAAUCGUUAUACAUACAUACAUACAUACAUAUAUACACACAUACAUACAUUAAAUGUGUACGUUAUUAAAAAAAACGUAUGUGUCAGGACGGUUAUCGGAUAACUUAAAGGUUCGUCCAUCUUGAUCAUUAUUCGUCGAGUAUUCUCUACUUUUGAACAGAAGAAAUAAAUCUCUAUAUACAUAUAUAUGUGUAUAUAUAUAUAUAAAUAUAGAUACAUAGCAUAUAUAUGUAUAUAUAUAUAUAUAUGUAUAUAUAUAUAUAGACUUCUAAUCACCGUGCAACGACAAUUAGGAUUAAAGUAUAAACACUGACGCUGUGUUGGAGAUUUAGUCAGAGAAAUUUACACCAAUAUAUGUAUAUGUAUAUAUAUACAUAUAUAUACAUAGACACAUACACACAUACACACACCGGAAAACACACAUACGUAUAUAUAUAUAUAUAAAGCGAUUUACAAAAUCUUCGAUAAGAUUUUCUUCUAUUCGAUGAAAAGAGAUCAUCGUCGUUAAUAAUAAUAAAGCAUUAUUUAUCUACGAGAUCAAAACUUCGAUGAUAGUUUUGGACGUCGACGAUUUUACAACUGAGAAAGAAAAAGAAAACAAAGAAAAAGAAAAACAAGAAGAAGAAGAAGAAGGAUUAAUUUUUUUAACUGCAACCCACUUUUGGGGAUAGAAGAAAAAUAAGCAAGUAAGUAAGUAAGUAAAUAAAGUAAGUAAGUUAGUAAGUGUGAUGCCAGAUACGACGAUGGCGUAUUUAAAGAUUCGCAAAAGGAGGUUCAUGAACAGAAUGAUACGUUGAUGCGUUGAUCAAAGGACUCAAAGGCUUGUGAUCGGAGAGCAUUAUUAGGAGAUAAAACAAAGUAGGUCUAUGUGUAUGGUACGUAUGUAGACGUACAUACAUACAAUUUCAAAGAUUUAAAUUGAAUUCGAACGGUGAAAGAAGGGGAGGAAGGGAGGAAGGGAGGAAGGAAGGAACAUGAUGAACGAGAUGAAAUUGAUGUGAGCCAUAACGUUUCAUUAUCUCGAUAAAUAUGACGAGGGGAAUGUAAACGAGUUUGCGACAUUGAUUUGAAAUUCGACGAGAGGAGAUAGGGGAGACAAAGGAGACAAGAAAAGAGAAAAAGAAGGGAAGAAAAAAAAAGAGGGGGAGGAUUUGAAAGUCUUUGAAGUAUCAAUGGCAGAGUAGUACAAAACGACGACGGAUCGAUUGUAUAUGUAACUGUUGUAUACUAAACGAUCAACGAGUCGUCUAUAUAUACCGGAUAGAAAAUUCUUUUAUUAUUCGCGAAAGGGAGAAGAAGAAAAAAGGAAAGAAAAAAAGGAAAAAAAAAAGAAAAAGGAAACUAAAAUAAAUCUUCAAGAUGCCGCGCUGCUACAUGGUUAAGAAGGCCCUGUGCAACAAGUACAUUACCAGCGUUGCCAAAGGAUUCGAAAGCUGGGGUCGUGGUAGAAACACGCCAUCGCCAACGACCAUACAGUUGCCCGUUUCACCCAUAGAAGGGAGCGUUGCACCCACUGUUGCGCAAGACAUUACAACUACGGGGACGCCUACCAUCACCGAGAACAACAAUACGAAAGAAUCUACGAGCAAGAAGGAAGAUUUUGGGAUGGGUACUGCGUCGGAAUCUCCGAAGUUGCCUCAAGUAGAGAUGGCAACGGUGAUAGCUUACACGACAUCGGCUAGUGACGUAUCAACGCCGUCGUCCUUGGAAUCCAAUGACGUCAAAUUAACGACAACGACGGCUACCACCACGUUGACGACGAUUACGACGACGGCUACGACGACAACGGCGAAGACGAUGACGACGACAAUGACGAUGUCGAGCAUGCCGACGUCAAAAACGCGAGAACUUGUUACGCCAAACGUUCUUUCGCCGUCUCAUCGUUCCUCGCAAAGUAAUCCAUCCACCUUGUCCUCUACUUGUAUGUCUACGAGAUAUACCAACGAGGACCCUACGGAACAUUCUACCGACGAUACCAAAAUAAGGUCGACGUCUUGUUGCAACAACAGUAUAUCGUCCUCGAAUGUUUCCUCGAUGUUCAAAGAUCGUUCGGCCGCCGAGACCGAAGCAGCUCACGAUCUUCUCGAACUUUCAAGGUCGUUGCCACCUUUACCACCACCGAGCGUUGCGAUCGGUCCUCAAAGCGUCAUCGAAACACCUGCCACUGACGUUCAAGAGAUGACGGUGUACCAACCUGUCGAGCAACCAAUCUAUCAAGUAAACACGAUCGAUCUUACCGGUUCGGGUACCGUCUAUCAUCAUCAGCCACAGCAACAACCACCACCGCAGGCAGCAACGAGUAUCAUUUAUGAGCCGACAACGACGAUCGUUCAGCAAACAUCGGGUGGUGUCUUUAUACCACUCUCACCGGUUCAAGAGAUUCUCUUCACUUACAGUACGCCGUCCAUACCAUGUACGUCGAUUAUAACUCAACAACAACAACAACAGCAACAACAACAACAACAACAACAGCAUCAGCAUCAGCAACCGAUGCAACAACAGCAUCAACAACAACAACAACAACAACCACAACCACAACCACAACCACAACUACAACCACAACCACAACCACAACCACAACCACUUCAUCAUCAUCAGAGUCAACCGAUCGAGACAGCGCCGCCAUUGACACCACCUACGUCCGAAUGCAGCAGCGACAUAGAGAACAAUAAUCCUAAUUCUCAACCUAGCCAAAGAGACAAGGAAGUGCAAACUGUUACCGAACAAACGGAAGUUAAAGCUGCCACUUACACUUACGACACAUUACUGGUCGCCGAUGGCAGGUCGAAAAACAAGAAGCUACUUUCUCUACAAAAGACACCGGAAACUGAACCAGCUGAAAAUCUGGAAACAUCGAAAACUGGCCGUUACGUCUGUUGCGAAUGUGGUAAACAAUAUGCAACCUCGUCGAAUUUAUCGAGACACAAGCAGACCCAUCGCAGUAUCGACUCACAAUCGGCAAAGAAAUGCAUUCAUUGCGGCAAAGCGUACGUUAGUAUGCCAGCUUUGGCAAUGCAUAUGUUAACGCACAAACUUACUCAUAGCUGCGGUAUUUGUGGAAAGAUGUUCUCAAGGCCUUGGCUACUUCAAGGUCAUUUACGUAGUCAUACAGGUGAAAAACCAUAUGGAUGUGCACACUGCGGUAAGGCGUUCGCCGAUCGUUCCAACUUAAGAGCCCAUAUGCAAACUCAUUCGGCCGAUAAGAAUUACGAAUGUCCUAAGUGUCAUAAGUCCUUUGCCCUUAAGUCGUACCUGAACAAACAUCUCGAGUCGGCGUGUCAAAGAGAAAACGGCGAUGAAAGUAGCAACGACGUUGACACCUCGCCGUAAAAAAUAUAACGUGCCUGAAAAGAAACAAAGGAUUAAGACGACUAAUAUUUCAUAAAAUAACGACUACAGAAACGUGACAAAUUUCGCACAUGCCAGUGAAAGAAAUAGACUACAAUAUCCAGGGCAACCGAGAGGUACGGAGAUCAACGGUCUACAAAUAAAAAAUAAAAAAGAAACAAGCAAAAAGGAACACGAUCAAAGGCCAACAUAGAUCCGAAUACGUAGUUGUACUCUUACGUAGGAGACACGCAACUUACCAUAGGUGAACCAGAAAGGAGAUUCCAAUGAGAUCGUUGCCCCGAUUAAACGAUCUCGACUAACAAACUCAUUCUAUUCGAUCACGCAUAUAUCGGAUCGAAGCAACAAUGGAUUCAUUUUUCAAAUAGAAAAAAAAGAGAUAGAGAAAGAGAGAGAGAGAGAGAGAGAAGAGAAAGAUUGCUGCUUUCGAUCGCUUCGCUUGAAAACUUUCUACAGCUGUUAACUACAUUCGCGUUCGCUUAGUUCCAAAGCGAUUACACAAUAAUACGUAUGUUUCCUUCUCGAAGAGUUUCGCCGUGUUAAAAAAGAAAAAGAAAAAAAAAGAAAAAAAAAAGAAACGAAAAGAACAAAAAUAUUUGCGAAAUUUUUCUUUUAUCGGCCGGAGUGGGGUAGUGGGGAUGCAGGAGAGGGGAGGAUACAGGCAAGGACUUGAGGGGGGGGGGUUGGAUACAUUUUUUUAUACAUAUACAUAUGUACACGAGACGCGCGACGUCAAAGCGUCAUCUUUUCUAUAAGCCUGCUCUUCGACGUAUGUAUCUCGAUCGAAUUUGCAAAAGACAAAAAAAUAAUAUAUAUGUAUAUAUACGUACAUAUAUAUAUAUAUAUAAAGUUUGAAAAUCAUUUAAAAAAAAGGAAAAAAAAACUCGGAAUAUCAUCGAAAAUAGGAUAAUCAUGAGAGAUUAUCGUGAGAACGUUGUGAUAAUGAGUCAUAAAAAAAAAAACAAAAAAAAAACAAAAAAAAGAACAAGAAAAAAAAAUGAAAUUUGAUCUAUAAAUCAAUAGGAUCGAUUUCACAGACCAGUUUCGAACUUAUUAUUAAUAUUUCCUAAUCUUCGAGAAAUUUUAUUAAUUAAGGCGAAAAUUUACCGAAAAUGUGACCGAAAAUGUACUGUGCUUGUACAUACGUACAGGCAUACAUAUAUACAUGCAUACGUGCAUACGUACAUACAUACAUACAUACAUACUCACAUACAUGUAUACAUACAUACAAAUUACAAUCACGUUUGUAUUCGCGAAAAUGUAUAAAAAGGGAAAUUUCUUUUGAAACGAUACUAACGUUACGUAUACAUAUAUACAUAUAUAAGUACGUAAGGUCCAACAACGAGAGAACUGACUUUAGAGAAUCACAUCAGCCUGUGUAUGUUUAUAUAUACAUACAUACACAUAGAUAUAUAUAUAAUAUAUACUUGCAUACAUUCAUACAUAGAUGCAUAGAUAUGUUUCUGGUGAGAAAGGAUGAUAAUAUCCGUUUAUAGUAAACACAUCUGUUUUGUCUUUGAAACGAAGUCAGUCCUCGUUUAAUCUUCUCAAAUAAAUUUCCCAUUUAUCAUAACGUAUUCGCGAUCAUUUUGAUAUCUCGAGAUUAACGUCCUUUGAACGAAAAAAAAAAAAAAGGAAGAAUGAAAAGAAAAGAAAUAGAAAAAUGAACAAAGAAAAAGAAGACGAAAGGAAAGAAUUAAAAGAAGAAGAAGAACAAAUGAACAAAAAAAUAUAUACAUAUAUACAUAUAUGUAUAUGUAUAUAUAUGUAUACGUAUGUGUAUAUCUAUAUAUGAUAUAUACGAGAAACCGGAUAAGAGUGAAAUGAUAAAAAUGAACAAAAAAUCGUUGCAAUAUUAUCGAGGGACCAUUAUUUUGUCGGAUAACGAAGACGAAGAGAAGUACUUUAAUGCUUUUUUAAAAAGCGUCGAGGGAAGAUAAAUAAGUAAUCGAAUAAAAAAAAAAAAAAAAGGAGAAAAAAAGAGGAAAAAAAAGAAAAAGGAAAAAAAAAUUGAGGAGGUAAAAAGAAAAAAUAAAAAGGAUACAGAAAAAAUUAUGCCAAAAAAAAUGAAAAAAAGAUACGAAAUGAGAUAGAUAAAGAAAAAUAGAUAAAAAAAAAACAAAAAAAAAGAAAAACAAAAAAAAAUAUUUAGAAGGGGAAAAAAAAUACAAAGUGAGAGGGGGUAGAUCGCAGAGAGAGAGAGAGAGAGAGAGAGAGAGAGAGAGAGAUCACGUAAUAACUGUGUUUGAACUCGACCAAUCGACACCUGUAAAGGGUUAAAAUAGGGUCCGAGAAUCUUAGGGAGAUUCGUAGCAACGAGUUUGUGCGAAAGUCCCUUCUUCCCCUCCUCCUACUUCUUCUUCUUCUUCUUCUUCUUCUUCUUCUUCUUCUUCUUCUUCUUCUUCUUCUUCCCCUCUCUCUGAUCGCGCCAGUUUAAAAAUACAAAAAAAUUCUUUUUUCUUUUUUUUUCCUUCUUUUUUCUUUCUUUUUUUCGAGAACAUUCUUAAUACAACUCGUUAUAUAAGGUAUCUCGCGAGACAUUUUCAUCAAAAUUCGCGCUAAUUGGACCACCUGUUGAACGCAUAAAUGACUAUUCAGAGGCAAAAGGGUCACUCGUUCUCUGCUACCCUGAAUAAUAGAACAUCAUUUCCUCUGCCUACACAACUACUCGCACAAACACACAUAGACACGCACACGCAUACGUCUGUAUGUGUGUGUCUGUGUGUGUAUGUUACUAAUAACCGAUUUCCACAUAUACAUAUACAUAUACAUUAUAUAUACAUACAUGUUUUAUCACUUAUCGAUUCUUACUAUUAAUCGUAGAGAUGAGGAAGCGCGUUUAUAUCACUUCGAUCCGAUUAAAAUCCGAAGUUUUUUUUUUUCACACGGAUACAACGUAUGAAAGAGAGAGAGAGAGAGAGAGAGAGAGAGAGAGAGAGAAAGAGAGAUAAUAAAAAUAGAUAGAUCUUUAUGAUCGAGAAAGAAGGAAGGAUCUAGUUUGAAAAGAGAGAGAGAGAGAGAGAUGAAGUAACACAAGGUAACGAAGAACACCAGUGGAACAUAAUUCAUGAUAUUUCACCAAGUAUUUACACGAAUGAACGUACACAAGGCAGACUCAAGAAGAUUAAAUUGAAAAAAGAAAAAAAAAUAAUAAAAAAAAGGAUAAAUAAAUAAAUAAAAAAUAAGGAUACCAAAAAGACGAAGAAAUAAUUAGGAGUAUUAGUGCAAUUCGUAAUUAAUAUAGAAAAGAAAAAAAAAGAAAAAGAAGGAUAAAAAAAAGUAAAGAAAUAGAAAAAGAAAGAAAGAUAAAAAGGAAGGAUGCACAGAAACUCUAAGCUCUAGUCAACAAAUUACGCUUGAUUUGUAUAACUUUCCUAGUUGCCUAUCGUGGGGCUCAUGUAAUUGUAUAGCGACUUUUUUUAUUUUAUAUUAACCGUUCUCUUAUUUCUUACACGCGAAGCGUUCUAUAUAUGUAUUAUAGAGAUAUUUUGGUACUGAAGAUUUUGAACGUGC